CGGGGAGGUGGGUGUCACCGCUGGACGUUACUGUCUCUGAGGGUAACCUGCUGCUAACGAGGAAGCUGCAAGUUAAGACGCGAAAAAACUUCUUUCUAGAAUUUUCUUGUCUCUCUCUCUUUUUUUCACCCACUUUUGUUGUCAAGUAGAAGAACGUCAACAUGUCCUCGGUGGACUUGGAGAAGCUGAAGAUGACGUGCGGCGGUCGGGCCAUGGCAGUCCUGACCAGCGGUGGAGAUGCACAAGGGAUGAACGCUGCUGUCCGAGCUGUGACCAGAAUGGGCAUUUACGUGGGGGCCAAGGUCUAUCUUAUCUAUGAGGGAUACCAGGGCUUGGUGGAUGGAGGAGACAACAUCAAACUGGCCCACUGGCACAGUGUGACCAACAUCAUCCAGCUGGGUGGGACUAUAAUAGGUAGUGCCCGCUGCAAGGCCUUCACAACUCGUGAAGGGAGGCUUGCUGCUGCCUUCAACCUGGUGCAGAAAGGCAUCACCAACCUGUGUGUGUGUGGCGGAGACGGCAGCCUCACCGGAGCUAACAUCUUCCGCACUGAGUGGAGCAGUCUGCUGGAUGAACUCGUACAGAAAGGAAGGAUCACAGACACUCUGUCUAAGCAGCACAAUCACCUGAACAUCGUGGGGCUCGUGGGCUCCAUUGACAACGACUUCUGUGGCACCGACAUGACCAUUGGAGCCGACUCUGCUCUGCACCGCAUCAUGGAGAUAAUUGACGCUAUCAUGACAACUGCACAGAGCCACCAGCGCACUUUCGUUCUGGAAGUCAUGGGCCGACACUGUGGGUAUCUGGCCUUAGUGUCAGCGCUGGCAUCUGGAGCAGACUGGCUCUUUAUUCCUGAAGCUCCUCCUCAGGAGGGCUGGGAGGACCGCAUGUGUGCCCGACUAGAGACAAGCCGCAUAAAGGGGUCAAGACUCAACAUUAUAAUCAUUGCAGAAGGAGCCAUUGACAGAAAUGGCAAGCCCAUCUCCUCAACUUAUGUCAAAGAUCUGGUGGUAAAGCGGUUGAAUUAUGACACCAGAGUGACUGUACUCGGCCAUGUUCAGCGAGGAGGAACCCCCUCAGCGUUUGACAGAAUUCUGAGCAGUAAGUUGGGUGUGGAGGCAGUAAUUGCCCUGAUGGAGGCCUCUCCUGACACCCCAGCCUGUGUCAUCGGCCUGUCAGGAAACCAUGCAGUCCGCCUGCCUCUGAUGGAGUGUGUGGAGAUGACUAAGCUGGUUCAGACGGCCAUGAAUGAGAAAAGGUUUGACGAGGCUGUCAAACUGAGAGGAGGGAGCUUUGAGAACAACUGGAACAUCUACAAGCUUCUUGCCUUCCAAAAGCCUGCCCAGACUGAGGUAAGUCUCUCUCACACACACAUACAGUUUCUCCAUAAAAUGUGUAAAAGAAUCACAAAGUCAAAACUCGAAAGUGCUUGUUUAUGUCUGCCUCAGAGCAAUUUUGCUGUGGCUAUUCUGAACGUGGGAGCUCCAGCUGCUGGCAUGAAUGCAGCCGUGAGGUCGGCUGUGAGGUUAGCACUCGCUCACGGACACAAGGUCUACGGCGUCCACGAUGGCUUUCAAGGGCUCGCCAACGGAGCGGUGUUUGAGAUGGAAUGGCACACAGUGGCUGGAUGGACGGGACAAGGGAGCUCACUGCUGGGGACAAAACGAACUCUCCCCAGCAAACUUCUGGAGAAGAUUGCGGAAAACAUCACCAAGUUCAACAUCUCAGCUCUGCUUGUAAUCGGAGGGUUUGAGGCGUACCGAGGUGUGCUGGAGCUGUUUGAAGCCCGGGGUCACUAUGAUGAGCUCUGCAUCCCCAUGUGUGUUAUCCCUGCUACCAUCAGCAACAACGUCCCCGGAACUGACUUCAGCCUGGGAGCCGACACCGCUGUCAACGCUGCCAUGGAGGGUUGCGACAAGAUCAAGCAGUCCGCCAGUGGGACCAAGAGACGAGUGUUUGUGGUGGAGACUAUGGGGGGAUACUGCGGCUAUCUGGCAACCUCCACCGGUAUAGCUGUGGGUGCUGACGCAGCCUACAUCUUUGAAGACCCCAUCAACAUCCAUGACCUCAAAACCAAUGUGGAGCAUUUAGCUGAGAAGAUGAAGAAGGACAUCCAGCGAGGACUGGUGCUGAGGAAUGAAAAAUGCCAUGAAUACUACACUACAGAUUUCAUCCACAGGCUGUACUCAUCAGAGGGGAAGGGCAUCUUUGACUGUAGAGUCAAUGUGUUAGGACACCUCCAGCAGGGAGGAGCACCUUCUCCCUUUGAUAGAAAUUAUGGCACUAAGUUGGGUGUGAGGGCUAUCCAGUGGAUUUCAAAGAAACUGACUGAACACUUCCGACAAGGCCGCGUGUUUGCCAAUUCACCAGAAACAGCUAGCGUGCUCACCCUCAAGAGGAAGGUCAUCUCAUUCGUCCCUGUCACUGAACUGAAGGAUCAGACUGAUUUUGAGCACCGCAUGCCCAAGGUCCAGUGGUGGUAUAAUCUGCGGACUAUGCUGAGAAUGUUGGCCAAGUACCAAACCAGCUUCUGCGACUAUGUCCCAGGAGAGAUUGAACAUGUGACUCGACGCUCUAUCAGCAUUGAUGCUGGAUUCUAGGCUCUGAGACAACAGGCUGCUGGUCAUAAAUACUACAAGAAAAAUGGAAAUGCUUGAGGCUAUUUGUGAACAUUCUUUGUUAUCUGUGAGAUUCACUGAAAAAUACCUGUCUGGGAGUUCCUCGGUGGAAAAAGAAUUGACUACUGGACCUGGUUGGACAGAAAUUUAAUCAGCUGUAUAAAUAUUUCAGCUCUACCAGAGCAAAGUGUGAUGACAUAAAAAAUGCAUUACCGGUGAGAUGGUCCAGCUCCUUCUCUUUUAUCAUUAUUUGAUCAUCACAUGCCUUGAUCCUACCCUCAAUCUCCUCUUUUUCAGCCUGCAGCGCGAGGAGUGACUGAGCAAGAGGGUUUUGUAAAUAGUAUUCUUUAUGCGACUGAAAUAUCUUUUUGUAGCUUGCAAUCCUCUCUUCGUAGACUUCCCUUGUUGAGAUACAAAAUAAAGAACAAUUCAGCAUUGUUUGUUACAAAACACAAAUGUAUUGAACAUAAGCACAACUGCUGAUUGGACCCACAUGUCAUGGUUGUAGCUGGCUUUUCUACUUUCCAGUUCUGUUUUCAGUGUCUGCUCAUACUGAAGAAGCAGGCUGUUGGUCACCUUUGCGCUAAAGUUAAAAUAAUGACAAGCAAAGAUAUAUAAAUACCACACAAGUUGUACUUCAAAUCUCAUUAUGUACCACCUUGAGCUAUCAUGGUUUGUCAUAUGUACUAUCUAGUCAUAGUUUUUUACAGCACCAUACCUUUUAGCAUUUUCUUUAAAAAGCAUUACAGUGCUCUGCUUCACUUUGAUUUCCUCCUCAAGUUUCUUGAUAUUUUUGUGGAUUGUUUCAAUGUGAGACCUCCUCUCAGCGAUGUCAACCCUGUAAACUGUUGACAGACAUAUUAGAUAGCAUGUAAGGAGGUCCACAUAACACAGUGCACAAUGCUGUGACAUUAAAUGACAAAUGACAAGCUAUACGACUCCUAGGCAGCCCAAGAUUGUGGAUCUGGAAAUAAAAGCUGAUAGUUUUUUGUUUGUUUUUUAUUUGUAAAUUGUUGAAAACCCUGAUUCUUGUAUGUAAAAAGAUCGGUGGAAGGAACUGGUCAAAAUGUGACCCCUUAAGGCCUGGACAGUGGCUGGACAUUGUGAAAAACUGACUCACCAUCUGAGGACUAAAGGACUUUUGAACAGUGCUAGAGUAAAUGGACAAUAUACAAGUUACUAAAUGGGUUACGUGCUUCGCUGAUCUGACAAGACAAGACCAAAGACGAUACAGAAA